AUGGAUAUGAUAUUAAAAUUUAGGGGAAAUUUUAGUAUAUUAUUAAUUAUGGAUUUAAUGAUUUUACCUUUUUAUUUAAUUCCAAUAAAAAAUAUAUACCAAAUAAUUAAAAAAAAUUUUAUGUGUAAAUUUAUUUUUCUUUUUUUUCUUUUCCUUUCCUUAACCAAUAUUUGUAUUACACAAGAUCCACAGCAAGAUGAGCCCAUUGAUUUAUCCAUGAGGAAAUAUGUCUACUCUAAUUGUAAUGAAAAAAAAAAAUCUAUCAUCAGUAGCUCAACACAUAGAUAUAACGGAAAAGAAGAUAAUAAUUUUUAUUUUCCUACAAACAAAUGUAAUUUAAUUCAAGAUGAAGGAAAAUCUAUAUCAAACAAUGUAGCAAGCACAGAAAUUAAAGAAAAGGAAUUAUACCAUGACUUAAAUAAUGCAUCAUCUAAUUCAGAAAAUACAUAUUUUGACUCAAACACAUUCUUUGAUAAAGAAAAUUUGUCUUUUGAUUUAGAAAAUACACUCCCUGAUUUAAAUAAAGUUACUUCUGGUUUAGAAAGUAUAUCAGUUGAUAUACAGAAUAUAUCUGCUGAUUUAGAAAAUGUACCAUUUGAUUUGGAGAAUUUAUUAGAUAAUUUAGAAAAUGAAUCAUAUGCCUUAGAAAAGGAACCAGCUGAUUUAGGAAACUUAUUAGAUAAUUUAGAAAAUGAGCCAUACGACCCAGAAAAAGCGACAGAUCAUUUUGGUAAAUCGUCACUUGAUUUAGAAAAAUUAUUGUAUAAUUUAGAAAAUUCAUCAGAUGAUUUAGAAAAGACAUUAACUUAUUCAAACAAAGAAUCUGUUGAUUUAGAAAACUUAUUGGAUAAUUUAGAAAAUAAGCCAUAUGACUUAGAAAAGGCAGCAUAUCAUUUUGACAAAUCACCAUUUGAUUUAGAAAAGACGUUAACUGAUUCAAAAACUGUACCAUUUGAUCAAAAAAUGGAAAGAGCUAGCAUGGAAAAUGUACCUAUUAACUUAGAAAACACACCACUUUAUUUAGAUAAUUUAUCAUUUGAUUUAAAAUCCUUGCCAAAAGAUUUAGAAGACUUGUCAUAUGAUAAGGUAAAUAAUCCUUCUGAUUUAGAUAAAUUCAUUGUUGAUUUGGAAAAGGAAUCCCUUGACUCAUUUAUAAAACUCUAUGGCUUAGAUAAUGAUGAUGAAAAACAAAUUAUAAAUAAUACAUUAAAGAGAAAGAGUGAAGAUAGUAUUCAAAGUAAUGCAAAAAGGAAGAAGAUUGCUGAUAAAGAAUAUAGUAAUGAAAAUAAUACAACGAUAGAAAAUAAUAUUAAUAGGAAACAUUACGGCAAAAACCGUCUAAAUUUUACUACGAAGGAAUAUCAAAAUCUUGAAUUAUAUAUUAAAAAUUUUAUAGUGAAGAUUUUUCCUAUUAAAUUAAGUCACAUUUCAGAUACUGUAAAUCCAUUAUUACAGGAAAUAUGGGACUAUAUUAAAAAUACACAUAAUGAAUUUCGAAACAUGUUCAUUACGGAUGUUCAUUCAUUAAAAAAUCUUAUAAAUGAUCAAAUAAAAAAUGUUGAUUUGAAUUCUCAAAGAAGAAUGAAAAAAUAUUAUGAUUCUCUUUAUAUGAACAAAAGAGAGUCUAAAAAAUCGAGUUAUGCAUAUAUGAAGGCAUUUAAGCAUGAAAUCACCUAUAAUUUAACUGCAGAGAAAAAAAUAUAUCUUAGUAUAAAAGAAUUUUUAAAAAAAUUCGAACAUUUUUUUCCAGAUUUUGAAAAAUUUAAAGGAACAGCUAAUGUAUUAUCACAUUGGGCAAGCAACCUUGUGGGUAAUAAGUUGUUUCUUCAUCCAAGAACACUUCAAGCUGAAGAUAAUUUAGAUGCCUUUUUAAAUACAAUGCUAAAUAUUGAUGAAUUAAUAAAAUCUUUUGAAAUUUCAUGUGAAGAAGGAAAGGAAUUUAAUGACGAUACUAAAUCAAGUCGCAUUAAAAGAUCUCUUGGUGAUCUUAUGGUAAAAGUAAAUAAUAUGUUACAACAUAAUUUACGAGGAUGCUUAAGAUAUUUGAAAUACCUUAAUUUGCCAAAUAAAGAGGAAAAAAUAUUAACAGAAUAUGUUUUUUACAUCCUCAGUGAAGAGAGUACUGCGCACAAAAAAUAUUUAAAAGAUCAUAUUGCAUAUUCAUAUAAUGAAAAAAUCUUAAAAAAAUUGGAAGAUUUUUUAUUAUUAGAAAGUAAAAAUAUCUUAAAAAAUCAGAAAAAAUCUUCUGAAAUCUUUAAUAUAAGUUUGCAUGAAAAAUAUUUAGGUAAUAAAUCCCUAGAUCAUUUAGUUAUUGACUCUACCAUAUCGAAAGUUUUAUCCAAUAUAUAUAAACAUUUUUUACAAUUAUUGAAACUUGUAUAUUUUAAGGAGCAUCUAUCAUGGGUAAUAGAUAUAGUUGAUUCAAUGAAAAUAAUGAAAUUACAAGAAAUGAGAAGCAUCACAUGUAAUGCAAUGAAUAAGAAAGGACACCUAACUAAUUCUAUAGAGAAUAUGAAAACACAAUUUAAAAGUAUUAAAACGGAUUUAGAUUAUUGCAUCUUAUUUAAUUCUUUACAAAAAAAUAUAAACGAAGGUAAUGAAAAAAUAAUGAAAGCAUAUAGUAAUUUUAAAGAUAUUAUAUUUAUUUUUCAGAGCGCUGGGCGUAUACUCUAUGAACAUAUGAAUGAGAAAACCACUUCACAAAAUAAAGAUAAAACUAUUAAAAUGGAAAAUGUUUUAUUUGCAUUAUUUUAUAUUAAUCAAAUAAUAACAGAUCGGACAAUAGAGGAAAUAUAA